AUGUUCCUUUUCCCCAGGGAAAUCUGCUUCCUUCACUCAUCAUUGCCAUCCUUCAACCAGAACAUUUUCCACUCUGCAGUCUUCUUCCUUACUGGCAUCCCUGGUUUUGAAACUUACCAUGCCUGGAUCUCCAUCCUAUUCUGUUGUCUCUUUGCCAUUGCCAUCUCAGGGAAUGGCAUGGUCUUGUUUGUCAUCAUCACUGAGUCGAGCCUCCAUGAACCCAUGUACUAUUUCCUCUCCAUGCUGUCCUUCACGGACCUAGGGCUGUGCCUUUCCACGUUGGUCACUAUGGUGGGUAUUUUCUGGUUCAAUGCUCGAGAAAUCAGCUUUGAUGUCAGCAAUGGCCAUAUGUUCUUUAUCCAUGGUUUCACAUUAAUGGAGUCCUUGUUACUCCUGGCAAUGGUCUUUGACCGUUACACUGCCAUCUGUAACCCACUGAGAUAUGCCACAAUCUUAACCAAUUCAAGAAUCAUCAGAGUGGGCUUUGCAAUUGUUAUUAGGGUGACAACGGUUGUAGUGCCUUUACUCCUGCUCCUUAAGCGUCUGUCCUUUUGUGGAAGUCAUGUUUACCAUCCAUAUUGUUUCCACACUGAUGUGAUGAAGCUUUCAUGCACAGACACUGAGAUCAACAGUGCAUUUGGUCUGGCCAUUGUCAUCUCUACUGGUACCUUGGACUCUGUCUUGAUCCUUCUCUCCUAUGUCCUGAUCAUCCAUUCCGUGCCCAGCAUUGCCUCCCCAGAGGAGUGGAAAAAGGCCUUUGGUACCUGUGUUUCACACAUAAGUGCUGUUGCCAUCUUCUACAUCCCCAUGAUGAGCUUGUCACUGGUGCCUAGGUUUGGGAAGCAUGCCCCUCCCCUUCUGCAUACUCUCAUUGCCAAUAUUUAUCUGCUCAUCCCUCCUGUAAUGAAUCCCAUAAUCUACAGUGUGAAGACAAUGCAAAUUUGCAAGGCCAUGCUCAAACUAUUUCUUUCUAAGCUAAUUUAG